AAACAACACUGACUCAUUGCAAAACAAAAAAGUCCAUUAUGCGAAUAGAAACGCACUGUUUUACGAUUCUAUUCUUUUGCUAAGCGUAUUUGAUAAUUCAAUUAGGUUCCUCCGGUAACCAGCCAACCAGCGCUUCUGCAGUCCAUGCACGAUGGGAAACAUUUUCGGAAAAACUAAAACAAAACCCGUCAGUCGGGUGACGGAGCAGGACAAAGCUGUUCUGCAACUGAAGCAACAGCGUGAUAAGCUAAAGCAAUAUCAAAAGCGCAUCGAACUUUCGCUGGAAAAGGAUCGCGAGCUGGCCAAGAAAUGUUUAGCCAGUGGGCGGAAGGAACGUGCCAAAACGUUGCUGCGCAAGAAAAAGUACCAGGAGAAGCUACUGAGCAAUACGGACGCGCAGCUGGAAACGCUGGAAAAGCUUGCCUCCGACAUCGAGUUCGCACAGGUCGAAGCGCAGGUGGUAAGCGGACUGAAGGUAGGCAACGAGGCGCUUAAGAAGGUCAACGAAAUCCUGUCCAUCGACGAGGUGGAGCAAAUACUGGACGAAACAAGGGAGAGCAUCGAAAAGCAGCAGGAAAUCGACGCACUGCUCAACGGUGUGCUGAGCGAGGAAGACGAGGACGAAGUGUUGGCCGAGCUGGAGGAUCUUAUCAGUGCGGAGCAGCCAAAGGAGCUAGAAACGGAGGACAUCUCCACCCGGUUGCCCGACGUACCGGAUGAAGAACUCGUUCAGGAGCGCAAGCGCAAGGAGAAGGAUACAUCCGGAGCGAGCAAAAAGGUUGCCUUGGAGGCUUAAUGUGGAAGUUUGGGGUAGGCUGCACCUAGCACAGUGGCCCCCGUGGCUGUUCCGUGGACUGUUGCCAUCGGUUUGUAUGUCGCUAUUUUGCAACGAUUUGUGUAUGCUUCAUAUACAUAUGCCUUUAUGAGCGUUUAAUGUUUUUCCAAUCGUUUUGGAAAACCUGUGUAAAUAAACAUAUUCUAACUAUGGGAAAGCGGUGCGCAAACUUUGUGUUUGUUUUGUUAACUUAAGUAGAAGAACAUCACAGAAAUGCAAAAUGUUUUAGAUAAACUUUUUUUUCGUCAUGUAUUAAAGAAAAAUGUUUCGCUCGAAUUGAAUAAAAGCAGUGCUUUCGGGUCAACAGCACAAAACCGCAAUAAACAAAUCAAACGAAUUAUGGCGAUAACAGCUCCCACUCGGAUUUCAAAUUUAUUUGACAGCUUGGCUGAUGCUCCCUGUCUCGCUCGCACACGCCGUCUUUGACAUCUCUGGUUUUGCUACGUGAAUCGGCGAGAGCAGGCCAAAGAAGAGGAAGAAAAAGCUGCUAGCUUUCAUUUGCGGCGCCCCGACAGAGCGGCAUAUUUUCUUCCCUAAUCCAAUUGAACUGAAAAUUCAAGAAACAAGCAGCAAAGCAAAGCCGAAGAGAUCUGUGCAAAUUUACUCGCCCGAUUCCGCUGCACGUUUGGCCCGUGGUGUGGCGCGCGUGUGUAGUGUGUGUGCGUGUACGUGUACGUUUGCAAAAAGACGUCAACACGGAGGAAAGGUCCCUUUCCCUUUGCAUAACAUGGUGACAUUUGGCGCGUUGGAACUGCAUACGUACGAUAAACAAUUUCAGCUAUGUUCGCCCCAAGCAGGUGCGAAAGAAUGAACAUACAUAAUUAGUGAAAAACUGAAACGACACGUGUGGAACAAACACAAAAAAGUGCGUCUCCUCUCCCUGUCCGCAGCGUGCGUGCGCGACCGGCCCGAGUGAGUUUGUGUGUGAGAAAGUGUAACUGUGUGUAGUGAUUAGAAGCCGGUUCCUGAUUUGCCAGGAUACGCGACACCGGUACCACCAGAUCAUUUUUGCUGGACGCGUAACAACGAACAGAGCGGUCUGGACCUGCUGGACUGGAAAGCAAUACGAAAACGAACGAACA